GCCACUUCCAUCAGUACAAUUACUGGUUGGAAGUUGAGUUCAUCCUGAAGCAUUGAUGCUCUAGACCUCAAAAGAGUUCCUCGAUACUGGAAGGAUUAAUUGCCUUGUCAUCUGGCAGAAGCAAAACAUCAAGCAUACACCUUUCCACAAGACAACCAAUCUGCGGUCUCGAAACGAAAGAAACCAUGAAUCGACUAAUCCUCCGUUCCGUACCCAUGGCUUCAGCGCUUCAGAGACCGGCUGCGGCAUGCCUGCGAGCGACUGCACUUCCAUCACUCCGGCUAGCCGACGUCAGGCCCUACAACAUCAACACCAGUGGCAACCCGCCGUCCCCCGAUGCUGCCGAGUCUAGUACGUCGUCGGCCCCCGACGCCGCCGAGAAGGCCAGUGCGCAAAGCGGCGGAUCGCGGAGCAAAGAAUCCGUCGAGACGGGCUCCAGCCCAACAGCCGGCGCCAUCCCGGACGCGUUGGCCGAAGGCGACGCCCGCGGCCGGACGGGGGGCGGGCAGCCGCUCGAGAGCUCCGUCGAGCCCCCUCCCCAGCCCAAGAUCAGCAACGCCAGCGUGCCUGGGGAGCGCCCCAACCUGACGGCCGAGCAGCAGCGCGAGGUGGACGAACACAACCGCGAGUUUGAGAAGAAGCAUGGCAGGGCCGAUCCGGCGGGCGAUGACAAGGUCGACUCGAGCUAUUGGAGUGGGAAGGGUUCGAGGCAGAGUAAGGACUGAGAAGAUUCGAGAUUCUGUCACUGGUGUAAUAGAAAUGAAAAAGAAAAAAAAGAACGAGAAAGAAAACUAGCAAAGAAAACUGCACAAGUAGUAUAGAAUUGGUCGGGUUGUCAAAGUCAGAGCAGGCAUUGUGGGGACGCUGUAACAGUUUUCUAUUCCUAGCCUUCUCUCACUAGUUACCCAAGUUCCCAUGAUAGCUCGCUCUCGUCGGUGACGGAUCAACUCUCAGGGUCGCUUACUGCAGUGCGCUCUUUGCUUUGUGCGGGGUCGCCCCAAAUUGGAAUCAUACCUCCGUGCCCUAUCAC